AUGCGGCUACAAGAUCUCACGGACCAUAGUUAUUACAUCUUGCUCGCCGUCCUCUCAUAUCUCGACAGGCGAGACCUUGCACGCCUUUCGGUCACUACUUCUUCCUUGCUGGACAUAUGUAGGGACCGAAUGGUUCAGCAUGUCGAGUUCCACGGGACCUUAAAGUUCCCCCUUUCGACGUACGCUUCUUUCUGUCGAUUCAUGCUAUGCAAGCCAUCUCGAUUGUUGCUACUGGAAACGCUCUUCGUAAACUUGACAGCCUGCUAUACCGAACUGGACGAUCUUGGGGAAUUGGAUGCAAUGCUGGGAUUAGACGAGCCAGCAGAGCUGAGAGUCACAGAGCUCUUGGAGACACUGUUGGCGCCCCUUCUCGAGUCCGCAGUCAACCUCAGCAGACUCACUAUUGCCGGUGUCGGGGACCUCGAAUCUUUUCCCGCCUUGAAGACUGCUCUUGUGGCCGCUUUCGCUCGUACCCGGACGUUGAAGUUGACGGGGAGGAAUCUGAUCGAACUGCUGCGCCACAUGUUGCAGUUAUAUCACACGAUUCCACUGUCUCGACUCUUUCUGCAGCUGAGGCCGGGCGAGCGUUGGGUGGACAUUUGGCGUCUCCUAGAACCUUGCCGGAACACCCUUACGUAUCUAGCCAUAGAUCUCGGAGCUCUUGACGGGAGUCCUAUCCCACCCCUGGAGUCAUCCGAUCCGUGGCCCCUUAUGUCAGAACUCGCUAUCUUCAGCUAUAUGCCCCCGGUCGCACAAAUUUUUACAUCACAAACCUUACGAAUGGUUUUCCCAAAUCUUCAACACCUUCGCAUUCCAUCUGGAGCUGUGUCGCGAGACGAGGCAGCCGAAGGCGAGUGUGAAUGGGGGACAUUACUGUCGUUUUCGGGUCACGCGAGGACAAUGGUGUCGCUCGCGUUCAAUUGCCAACUUUUGGAGUUAAAUUUAGACGGUGACAAUUGGGCUCUCUACCAACCCAGGUUUCCAAACUCUGCCCGGCAUCUUUAUACUGCAUUUCGACUCGGCCAGCCUCGGUGCUUCAGCUUCGAGAUUUUUGAUGUUUGUACUCCUUUCGAUGAAGAUUUAGAGGACGAGCUCUGCAGACCGUCACUCUGGAGCGAUGCGCUGCACAUGGAGUAUGCCCACUUGACUAUCACUGAGGGACCUUGCUGCAGUCGACUUCUUGAAUUCUUGGUGAGAUCGACUCUUCGAAUCAGUGCAAGCUGCACGGUUCUCCUACCUAUCACUCUUCCUAUCGACCUGCCGUAA